AGUCGUGUGGAGGAGGAGUCGCGAGGCAGCAGCAGUAGAGCCGUGUCCGCGGCAAGAGUCCGAGGAUCGAUCGAGGAAAACGGGGAGGCCGCGCCAGGGCCGAUGGACAUGCUGAUCGGCCUCGAGGGGAGCCUCACCGCCGACGACGGCCUCGAUAAUAGCGCUUGCGAGGAGCUCGAUUACAUUCAUAAAUUGAGUAUGUCGAGGAGAAAGGGAGCGAGGGAAAGACAAUACGACAACGUGGAUUACACUCAACUCACCGAAACCGACAAUGGUUUCGUCGAUUCACAAUUUACAACACCUCCCAUAAAAAUACCAUGGAAGGCAAUCUCUCUAGCUACAUUAUUGUUUGUUGGAGGUACUGUAAUGCUCGUAAUAGGUAGUUUAAUAGUGAGUGGUCAAAUUGAUACUAAGUAUUCUGAUCGCAUGUGGCCAAUAAUAAUCUUAGGAAUUUUAAUGUUUAUACCGGGUGCUUACCAUGUGAGAGUGGCCGUGCAAGCCUAUCGCAAGAUCCCAGGUUAUUCCUUUGAUGACAUUCCAGAAUUUGAUUGAAGAAAUUCGUUUGCUACAAUUUGUGUAUAUACUCUAUAUUUUCACCAAUAUGUCAUAUUCCAUCGCAUUAUAAUUUCAUAUUGAAAAAUUAUAAUUACUCAGUCAUAAAUUAUACCAUCUAUCGACAAAUUAAUU